UUUGGACAUUAUUACCGGGUUGGGCGGGCCCUGUCUGGGAGGGGUUCGUGGGUGAGCCCUGGGUCUCCCCGCCCGCUGAGGAGAUGGAUGAGGACGGGCUUCCUCUCAUGGGGUCAGGCAUAGACCUGACCAAGGUGCCAGCUAUUCAACAGAAAAGAACGGUGGCAUUUCUAAACCAGUUUGUGGUGCACACUGUACAGUUCCUCAACCGCUUUUCUACAGUUUGUGAGGAGAAACUGGCAGACCUUUCUCUUCGUAUCCAGCAAAUUGAAACAACUCUCAAUAUUUUAGAUGCAAAGUUGUCAUCUAUCCCAGGCCUAGAUGAUGUCACAUUUGAAGUAUCUCCUGUAAGUGUCACUGGCAUCACAAAAGAAUCACAUUCUGAAACCACUUCAGAGAAAUCACAGAACAGUUUACAAGACUCUGGACCACAGGAAAGUGAAGUAACACCAGAAAAUAUCUUAACUGUAGCCAAGGAUCCAAGAUAUGCCAGAUAUCUCAAAAUGGUUCAAGUGGGUGUUCCAGUGAUGGCAAUAAGAAACAAAAUGAUAUCGGAAGGACUAGACCCAGAUCUUCUUGAGAGGCCAGAUGCUCCAGUGCCUGAUGGUGAAGGUGAAAAAAAUACAGAAGAAAUUUCAGACAGUGAAUCUUCUUUUAGUGACUAAGCUUAAUUUUGAUAACAGUUACAUAUACAUGUGUAGGUAUACAUUACAUUCUAUGAGAAAGAGAACCUGAACUUGAACUCUAGUCAUAAAAAUAUCAACUGGCCAUAUAUCCACCACCAAACUUCCUCUAUGUUAAAAAAUAAAAAAUAAAGUGUUUAUAACCUGGCA